AUGCUGGUCAUCGCGUCCUACGCGUCGUGCCUCGCGCAACAAAGCACAAAGCGCCACAGCCCACCACGGCUGCGCCGCACGAGCCCGCGGCUGUGCAGCAGCACCGGCGGCUUCACGUCCGACGACACCACAACACCGCGCCUCGUCGCCUGGUACGACGCGCAGCUCCGGCGACACCCGCUCCGCACGAAGGUCGCCUCGUCGGGCCUCGCGUCGGCCGUCGGCGACGCCGUCGCGCAGGCCGUCACGGGCGGGGCCUUCGACGCGCGGCGGUGCGCGUCGUUCGCGCUCGUGGGAGCGGCGUACUUCGCGCCGAUCCUCCACGGCUGGUACGAGGUCCUCGCCGCGCGGGAGCGGCGCUGGCGCGCCGACGGGAUGGGCCGGUGGCCGAGCGUGCUGCUCCAGCUCCUGCUGAACCAGUCGCUGGGGGCCCUGACGGUCAACGCGGGUUUCUUCUUCGCGCUCGCCGUCGCCGAGGACGCGCUCGCGCUCGACCUCUCCGUGCGGACGCUCGAGGGCGCGCGGCGCGCGCUCGGCGACCAGUACCUCCUGGUCAUGCGCGCGAACUGGCUCGUCUGGCCGCUGCCGUCGCUCGUGAACCUCGCCUUCGUGCCGCUCCGCUACCGCGUCCUCUUCAUGAACGCCGUCGCCGUCGUCUGGAAGACGAUCCUGUCGCUCAUCACCAAAGGGGGUUAA